AUGAUGCAUCUGGUGGCCACAACGCAAGCCAUUGCAUUGGCAGUGCUCACCAUCUAUUGGGUGACACAGAACUACAAAGUGCCUUGGUGCCCCGAAAAGUUGGUUCUAACGGAGAUGCUGUCGUCAGGUGAUACUCUGCUGUGUGGAUUAGCUGGGGCAUGGGUGCUUACUUGGCCGAUCGUGAUUCCCUUUAGCUUGCUAAUGGCCGCCAACUACAUGAUGCUUCGGAAGUGUUUCAUAUCGCCUGGUGAGCAGGACAAGCAGCUGACCUGGCACAAGGAGGAUGGCGGCGUAGUCCCCUUUGACAGCUGGUGGCUUGGACCUCUCCGAGGUUCGAAGUCCUUUACGAUGAUGACAACGCUGAUGUUCGACUGCAUCGUUUGUCUUGGACCAAUCAUGGCUUUCUACGGAGUCCUCGUGGAGAUUCUUGCGUACUGGAACGUUUUCGUCAGGGGUAAUCACUUCGAGUAUGUCACUGCAAGCAAAUCGAUGGAUCGCAAGUCUACGUACGGAGCUGUCGAGAGUGCCAAGGCACCGCCGGCCCUCGGCAACGAGUAUGCAGAGGAGUCCACGGAAGCUGAGCCUGAGCAGACAAACGGGGAAGACAAAUCACACUCCUAG